UUACCACGCCUUCUAUGUGAAGAUCUGAUAUGCGGUGUUUGCUUUCAUUUCCUACGAACAAUGGCGCUCCUACGAGAUGAACUGAACUGUUCUAUCUGUCUGAGCCUUUAUACCGACCCUGUAAUGUUGUUCUGCGGGCACAACUUCUGCCGAGGAUGUAUUGAGCAGGUGUUAGAUACCCACAAUCCGUCUACAGAUUACACCUGUCCUGAAUGCAGAACGGAAUUUGAGCAACGUCCUACAUUGCUGAGAAACCUGAAGCUGUGUAAUAUAGUGGAGCACCUGUCUCCUAGACAGCCAGCGCAGCAAGAGGAGACCAACCCCUUCUGCACCUAUUGUGAGUUUGAUAUACCGGCUACUAAAUCCUGCCUGCGCUGUGAAACAUUCCUGUGCGACAACCAUUUGACGAAACAUAACAAGUCGGUGGAACAUUUGUUAUCUGAACCCACCACUUUUCUAAAGAACAGGAAAUGUUCGAUUCAUAAGGAAUUUCUUAAAUACUACUGUGCCCAGGAUUCCAUCUGUAUCUGUGCUUCCUGUUACCAGGUUGGUUCGCACAAGGGUCACCCAGUAGAGCAUUUGACCAUAGCUUCUGAGAGGAAACUUCAAAAUUCUCUGAUGAAGCUAAUCGCAGACAGACAGGAGCUGGAAGACAAGGUUGGAAGACUUAAGGAGCAGAAAAGGAAGGUUCUACAACAAGCCGAUACCUUGAGAAAGGGAAUGAAGGUGUUCUUUACAAAGUUGAUGAAGGAGAUUCAAAUCUUACAGAAGACGGUCCUCACUGAGAUCUCCAGACAGAAAGGUCAUGCGCUUCUUCAAGUCACGAACCUAAUGCAAAAUCUAGAAACAAGGAAGGAUGAACUGUCUAAGAAGAUUUAUAAAACCGAAGAGCUACUCCACUUAUCCGACCCUUUAACCGUCUUAUUGGAAGAGCCGGACAAAGAUGAGAGCUGGCGUGUGCCAGAUGUUGCCAUUUAUUUGGAUGAAAUGCCCGUCCAGUUGGUUUUAAAUCGAAGUCUGUCAAGACUGGUGGAUAUUUCCGUGGAACUCAAAGAAAACAUUUUGAUGCCCAACGUCUCCAGUGUGUUGAUGGAUAUCAGAACGGCGUGCAAUUAUAUAUUUGUCUCGUGCGACUUAAAGUCUGCCUCUUACGUGCAAGUAGAUCAAGGUUAUCCAGAAGGGCCAGAGCGGUUUACAUCAUGCCAGGUGUUAAGUAGCCGUAGUUUCAGCACCGGCAAAUGUUACUUGGAAGUGGACGUUAGCAAGGCCAAAGAGUGGAUAGUAGGCAUGGCCUAUAACAGCAUGGAGAGGAAAGCACUGGGGAAUGACUCUUACAUAGGCUAUAAUGAUAAAUCUUGGGGCCUGGAAUACCGAAAUGGUCUAAUUGCCCGUCACAACAACAUAACUGAAGAUGUGGCCCCGGGCCCUCCGAUGCAGCUUCUUGGAGUGUACGUCAACAUGGACACUGGGGAGCUUUCAUUUUAUCAACUGUGUGAUCAGAUUAGACAUUUACAUACCUUUUCUGCCAGCUUUACUGAGGCUCUUCAUGCUGCUUUCUAUGUAUUUCCAGAUAGUUGCAUAUCAGUCCACUAGAUGCUGAAGCUUUUAGUGGGCAAUGGUAACGUUCACUUCAAGCCGUUCUCUUUUUUGCUUUUCAAGGUGUAAGGUGCACCAUACCGACAGUAAAAAUGGAUGUAACCCCCAACUGAAUG